AUGAUAGAAAUUAUAAAUUGUCCAUUAAAUGAAAAUUCCUGGGUUCAGGCCACACUUCCGAUUAGACUUGGUGGUCUAGGCAUCAGAAGAGUUUCCAGCGUAGCACUUCCGGUUUUCUUGUCUUCAGUUCAUAGCACGUUAGACCUCAUUGGAACAGUUACUAACCCAACACUCAGUGAUGUAGAGGUCUCGUGCUUGAUUGAGGCCAAGGAAGCCUGGAUCAAUAAGGCCGGGCCGGACCAAGUUUUUCCGACAAACCCAGCUUCGCAGAGGCAUUGGGAUGAGCCACUCAGUAUCCAGGUUCAAAAAAACCUAUUAGAAAACUGUGCAAACCCUACAGAGCGAGCUCGUCUUCUAGCAUUUGUGGAGAAGGAGUCGGGUAUUGGUUGA